UCGAAAGAAAAAAAAAAACAGAAAGCAAGCCCGGCCCGAGUGAAGCUACCCUUGAAACCCUAGUUCGCAGCUCUCCUCCCAUUGAGAAUUCUCGCCGGCGGCGGCGGCGUCAGCCAUGCCCAUGGAUGCGGGGAACAACGGGAAACAGCGGCUGCAGGACAAGUUCGACCUCCUUGCGAAGGAGCAAGGGUACCGGAGUCGCGCGGCCUUCAAGCUGCUCCAGCUCGACACGCUCUUCCGUUUUCUCCCGACGGCUCGCGCGGUGCUUGAUCUCUGCGCCGCGCCUGGGGGGUGGGUCCAGGUGGCCGUCAGCCGCGCCGCCCCCGGCGCCUUCGUCGUCGGCGUCGACCUCGCGCCCAUCCGCCCCAUCCGCGGCGCUCUCUCUCUCAAGGAAGACAUAACUGCCAGUGCCAGGUGCGGCGCCGCCGUGCGGCGGCUCAUGGACUCGAGGGGCGUCACGUCAUUUGAAGUCGUCCUCCACGACGGUGUUGGACGAAAGAAAAAGAGAGGAAAUCGUUCCGUGUGCGGUGGCAACAGUGCAUCGGCUGCGCAGGAGGCCACAACCACGCAGUCAGCGCUUGUCAUGGACGCCGUGCGCCUAGCUACCAUGUUCCUCGCCCCCAAUGGCACCUUCAUCACCAAGUUCUUCAGGUGUCAAGAUUACAAGGCUGUAAUGUUCUGCCUGAAACAGCUAUUUGAGCGUGUUCAUCUGAGUAGACCUGUAGCAAGUUGGUCCACGCCUGCUGAAAUUUAUGUUAUCUGUCUGAGAUAUAAAGCCCCUGCAAAUAUUCAACCAGAACUUCUUGAUUUGAAGCACCUGCACUUGUUGAGUGUGGAUGCAGAGAAACGCAAGCGGCAGGAAAGCACAGAAAUCUGGAAAACUGGUCUAGCAUCAGAUUUUAUAUGGUCUGAGGCCCAGACACCACUAGAGUUUCUUGGUUCCUUUUUGACAAUUUCAUUUGACGAUCCAGCAUCUCUGCCUAUCAAGAAUCAUGAGCUUACUACAGAUGAGAUAAAACAACUCUGUGAAUAUUUGUUUGUGCUACGUGAAAAUGGCUACAAUCAUCUGUUGGAAUGGCGCAUGCGCGUAAGGAAAGCACUGUCGUCAUGUUCACAGGUGACACCAAGGACUGAUGGGACUGCGACGGACAACAAGGGCAGAGAAGGUGACCAAAUUUUACAUGAAGUGGAAGGUUUGAAGAAUGUUGUUGAUAGAAAGAGAAUGAGAGUGAAGUGUCAAUCAAGGCCUCAUGCAAGGGGUAAAGCACACGAGGCAUCAGGAAUGCAAAUUGAUGCUGCAGAAGAUGGUUAUGGUGAUCCUGACUUGUUCCCUACUUGCGCUAUUGAGGGUGGAAAAGAACUUCGAGCUGUUGAGUCACCACUGCUAGAUUCGGAAGAAGACAUCAGAAACAGUGAGAACGAAGAAACUCAAGCUUAUGAGGACUCUGGUGAGGAAAUGGAUUAUGAUCAAGAACAACAGAGGUAUGGCGCUCAGAUCAAGGGGACGCUCGAUGAAGCUCAUGUGCCUUUUGUGACUAAAAGGUGUGGAGAAGUCAAACGUCCGAGCAAACGUGCAAAGCAAACCAAUCCCUAUGACAAUACAGAGAUGAAGGUCAACAGGUCUAGCAGAUCGGCUCAGGGAAGAAGGGUGGGCAGUGGAGGCUCCAAAGGAGGGAAAGGGAAGAAGGGCGCUGGUGGCCGGAAAGGAGGCAUGCGACGGAAAGCUAGGCAGAAGGCCGGCAAAGCCGAUGAACUGGAAACAUAACUCCUGCUGAAAUUUCCAGCUAGCCAGCAUGUCAGAUAGCUAGCUGUUGUUUUUAUACAUUGUACUCCCUUUGGCUCUGGAAAGACCAAUAAAUUUUCUCCGAGAUCGAACGGAGGCUAAAGUUUGUAAUAAUAAUCGUCAACAACUACGCUACUAAAUAGAUCUCUAUCUCUAUGUAACAUUUACCUUUACCUAUUUGUAAUGUAUAUAUAUAUGUAUAGUAAACUGGUAUUUGCUUCUGCAAUUUCAAUUA